UGACAGAACAGAUGUUAUGUGAUUAUAUAUUGUAGUACAAAUACAUACGGUAUGUAAUUCAUGGUAAAAUAAAACAAACAUGUAUACACGUAGUACAGGACCCUUCCCUAUAGGUGUCGUUAAUGGUAUUUUGUUUAAGUCGGUCAAUUUGUGUGGUUUGUAAGCGUGUGAUAUGGCUGGAAAUAAAUUAGAAGAAAUGGAGGACGUGGAAAAGAAGGAGGAUGGUGUUGUUGACGAGCUGCCACCUGAGCUUCAAAUUAAACACCCACUGCAGAAUACUUGGACACUCUGGUAUUAUGAAAAUGACCGGAAUAAAAACUGGGAAGAAAAUCAAAAAGAGAUCAUAAGUUUUGAUACAGUUGAAGACUUUUGGAGUUUGUACAACCAUAUAAAGAUGGCUAGUGAGUUACGCCAGGGUUGCGAUUACUCUUUGUUUAAAAAGGGUAUUCGUCCAAUGUGGGAAGAUGAUGCAAAUAAGCGAGGAGGCCGUUGGUUAAUAAACCUGGCAAAAAAUCAGAGAGGAAAUGACUUAGAUAAAUAUUGGCUUGAAAUACUGUUAUGCAUGAUUGGUGAAGCAUUUGAUGAGCAUAGUGAAGAUGUUUGUGGAGCUGUUGUAAACAUUCGAGCAAAAGGAGAUAAAAUAGGUAUUUGGACUGCAGAUGCUGUGAAAGCACCAAGUGUUAUAGAGAUAGGGCGAAAACUAAAACAGCGCCUCAGUAUUGGCCGUAAUGUUACUAUUGGCUACCAGAUCCACAAAGACACUAUGGCUAAAGCUGGAUCAGUUACUAAAAACACUUACACAGUAUAACAGCCUAUGUCGGUUAGGAAAGAGUUAAAUGUUGAAGACUGUGGAUAAAAUAUCAAAAAAGUUCUAUGUAAAAUGUUUUGAAAUUGGUACACAAGUUUGAUCGCGCAAUUGUUUUUGAUGAUUCUAAAAAUGUGAACUAUGGCAAAAUAACUAUUUAUUGAAAUGACCAUGUAAGUUCAUAUAUGCAAAUAUUGAAGUAGAGAAGACAUAUUUUGGUUAAGAGAUCUUUAAUGUGGUUUUGUCUCCAGUUACUGUCUUUAUGUACUGUUAAAUCAAUAUUUAAGUAUACAUUAUUAAUUUUACUUGCAAUAAGUUUCUUCUAGAUAUUGACAACUUCCGUGCAUACUAACCAGUAACAAGGAGUGUGUUCAUUUAUGCCAUAACUGUUUUUCACAUAAUCUUUCUAAACAUGUUUAGUUUUCUUAAACCUACAUAUUUAAUUUAUAAAUGGACUCAUUUGUAUGAUUGGACAGAAGUGUAAAUAUAUAAGUGAUGAGAACAGGCUAUAGAUCAAAUGUAUGAUAAAGAUAGAUAUCAAGUGAUUGUUACUGAAACUGAAAGGUAGGGAAUGAGUACGUACACUCCACUUAUUCAAGUUCUUUUUUACAGAUUGUUCAUGUGGGGAAAAAAUUAUAUUGCAAUAUUUUUUUCUUUCCAUUUUGCUGUUUAAUUCAGUUAUAUGUUAGGUUUACAAUCUAAAGCUAUGGAAGUUAUUUACAGCUUACAUUUUGUGCUGAUAUAAACUUUACUCAGUUCAUUAUCUAUAGAGUGUAUUCCAACAUUUUACAUAUUAAAAGAUUAAAACUAAAAACUUGAAUAUUUAUUCAUAUAUUCUUAAAAAUUUAAUUUGUGAUAUAAAAGGUACCAGCAAUACAUAAUUUUGAAAGAUGUACACUACAAUGUUGCCAAACAUAUUUUGAUAGUUACAAGGUACCUUUACUCUAAGACCAUUCAAGUGCUGAGUCAGAGAUAAAACCACUAACUUUGGAGUAAGGGUAGAACAUGCUGCUUGGUCAGGGGCAGUGAUCACAGCAAGAUGCCAGGGACUAACUGGCUGAACUAUGGCACUGCCUAAAUAGAAUGGACUGAACAAGGAUACCAAAGGUGUUGGAUAUAAAAUUAAAAGGAAAAAGAAACAUGGGCUAACUGAACAAGGUGGUUUAAUGAAGUACUAGAAAUCAAGAACAGAGGAAAGGGCUACUAACAAAUUGAAAAGUAAGGAUUGUGAGAAGACAGAUGAGGUAUUGGAGACUUUUCAUCCAUUAACCCAUGUAAAAUUAGGUUAGGAGAAGAAAAGUGUAAAUAGAGUCCAUGGGUGUUACACAUUUGUAAAUAUACUCCUGCCUGUAUAUUUCCAGUAAAAUGGCAUCACUUGCCAUUGGUGAGCUAAAACGAGACUUGUGUCAAGUAUAAAGCCUUUGUCUAAUUUAUAUUAAAUCCAUAAUAAAGCAAUGAUUUCUCAUCAUGUGCAAAGUGUAGAUAAGAAAGCAAAUUAAAUGUACUAUAUCUA